UUCGAACUUCGAAUCGAAAUUGUAUUUAAAGAUUAUUAUUUCUCUUCUAAUUCUCUGGUUUGGGUUUUUUAAUCAUCAUCUAUUCAUUCGCUUCAAAAAUGCAAUUCUCUUCUGCUAUCUUAUUAUCUUUAAUCGCUUCUCCAGCUUUAGCUGCUUACACCAACGGUACUGCUCCAGUUUCUUCUGCCGUUGAAGCUCCUUCUAACGGUACUGCCACCGUUACCAACCUCGAAUCUACCUUGGUUACCAUCACUUCUUGUUCUCACGACGCUUGUCAUACCUCUACUCACGCUACUGGUAUCACCACCGUCACCGAUGAAACCACCUCUUACACCACCUACUGUCCAUUAUCUGAAGAAUCUCCAGCUCCAAAACCUUCUGCUCCAGCUUCUGCUCCAGCUUCUGCUCCAGCUUCUGUUCCAGGUACCACUGCUGCUGAAUCCACUCCAGCUGCUCCAGAAUCUACUGCUCCAACCACCGCUGCUGAAUCUACUCCAGCUGCUCCAGAAUCUACCGCUGCUGAAUCUACCCCAGCCACCGGUGGUGCUUCUUCUACCCCAACUACCUUAGCUGCUGAAUCUACUUCUGCUGCUUCUUCCGGUACCCCAGAAGUCUCUUCUGCUGCCGGUGCUGGUGCCAACGGUGUUCCAUACUACGUUGCUGGUGUUGCUGCCGUUGCCGGUGCUUUAUUAGCUUAAGCUUGAACCCCUUUUUCUAUUCUUUAUAUGGUUUAUUUUUGAAAAAUAAAUGUUCUUUUUAAUUUUCAGUUUAAUUUUUUGCAAUUUCUAAUUGUUUUCUCACGGUUUUCGCAUUUUGGUUUUUUUUUUUUUUUAAAGGAAAAAAAAAAGUUUUAUUUGAAGUUAAACACUUCAAAUGUUUUUUCUAUUAGACAUUUAGUCUAUUCUUUUAAUUGGAUUUAAUUUUGCAUGUUUUCUUAAUAAUUAUAUGUUAUUACCC